AUGCAUCAAUAUAGCUUCAAUGUUUUCCCUUUUGCUUUUAUGGCUUUGAUUUUCUUUUGCAAAUAAAAGGAAAAUACUAUCACGGCAAGUUUAAAUGUACUAUAAACAGAAAGACAAUUGGUAAAAUGAGAGCUAUAUCAACUCGUAGUGAACAUUAAACUGUGCACCUAUAAGUAAGCGUGUAACAUUUUGUACAAUUCUGAUGUGGCCCAAUCAUGUUGAGUCCGUGACUUAUCUAUCAGCUAAUUUCGUUUUGUAGUUUUUUCUAGUUAGCUGGUUUUGGUUAUAAAUUAAGUUCUGUGUGCAAUAAUGGCGUACCAAACUUUUCUUCAAGAGUAUAUGCUCAUACCACCGGUCACUAGGGCCUAUACAACCGCUUGCGUUGUCACAAGUCUAGCAGUCCAACUGGACCUAGUGUCGCCAUUUCAACUAUAUUUCAACCCUAUACUGAUCCUCAGGAAGUACCAGCUAUGGCGGCUGGUGUCCACAUUCCUCUUUUUUGGGAACUUAAAUUUUAAUUUCUUCUUCAAUAUGAUAUUUACAUAUAGAUACUGUAGGAUGCUGGAAGAAGGGUCAUUUAGAGGAAGAACAGCUGAUUUUGUUGUUAUGUUUGUGUUUGGAGGAGUACUGAUGAUUUUGUGUGCCUUUUUCGUUAACCUAUUAUUUUUAGGACAGGCAUUCACCAUCAUGAUUGUGUAUGUGUGGUCUCGUCGGAAUGUAUUUGUUCGGAUGAACUUCUUCGGCCUGAUGAAUUUUCAGGCCCCCUACCUACCGUGGGUCCUACUCGGCUUCUCUGUACUGCUAGGGAACGCAAUAUCAGUAGAUUUGGUCGGCAUGGCCAUUGGCCACAUCUACUUCUUCUUGGAAGAUGUACUUCCGAGGAAGAGGGGUGGACAGAAAAUACUUAAAACGCCAAAAUUCUUGAAGAAACUCUUCGACCCAGCCUCUGAAGAUCCGGACUACGAGCCCCUACCAGAGCUCGACAAUAUCCGGCCAGGCGGCUUCAACUGGCGGCGGAACCCUGAAGACGAUGCCAACCCCAAUGCUAAUGCCAAUCAAAACCCUAAUGCGGAAGGCGACGCCAGAUAAGAUCUCAAACUGUACAGUGUCAUAGACAGUCAUAUUAGGCGGUACAUACAGAUCUAGUGAUAAAACCUUUCCCACAGGCCUAGGAACCUGAAAUUUGGGACUGUGAAAUUAAAGUUCUAUUUUCUUUUUGUGUCAGUAUAUAACCCUAAUUAUGUAAGGGCUGAUUUAGACGGCGCGUGAACUCGCAUGCGAUUUUAGUUGCAUUGCGGACAAUGGGUUACGUCCAAUCCAACCGACUGAUCAAAGCCCGCAAUGUAAUGAAACUCGCAUGCGAGUUCGCACGCCGUCUAAAUCAGCCUUAAGAGUGGUGGACACGGAGGUACAGUCGCAAUCAGAUAUAUAUAUAUGGUUUCUUGGGUUUCUCGCUGAAAGUAUGCUUUAUUUAUCGAUACCCUAAGAUAUUCUCACUACAUAUGUAUGAUCAAUAUAAUUUUAUAAGUCACCAUAGGACGGGAGCAGCGAAAUAGACAACUGGAAUACGAAAUUUACAAGGCAAAAAGAUCGUGCCCAGUAAUAAAAUGCUACAGGAGGCGAAUGUUCUAAAUGCUAUUUCGUUAGGAGUUAGGAAAAGGCAUUGAAUUAUAGAGGGAAAGCGGCAUGAAGGAGCCAGAUUUUGAAAGAGCCACUUACAUAGCAUAUAUAGCUUGCUUGGUAGUUUCGAAUUUUGUGUGACGGAAAAUUAUUGUGCUCACUACUUAAAACAAAUAAAUUUGGUUAGUUCCCGAUUCGCCGGAUUUAGUUUAGUAAGUAUGUCACAAUCCGAGUAGGUAUAAGAGAAUCCGGCGAAUCGAGAACUAACCAUUAAAUUUUUGGCUAUUUCAAAAUCUGGCUCCAUCAUGCCACUUUCCUCCUACAGUGCUCGCCUUGAGUGAGUUUUAAAUAAAGAUAAAUAGUUCUACAAAUUGAAGACCAAAGGAAUUUAGUUUAGCUUAUAUGACAAAAUUUUAUUUACCUUGUUUUCAAUUAAAACUUUUUACGAGCAUUGCAAACGAUAUAAUAUAUUUGUUUCAAGAGAGUAACAUGCACCUAGAACUGGCUAUUUGGCUAAUAAUAGUAAUGAUGCAAUAACGUCUUAACUUUUUUACCUUCAAAUUUAAUUUACAUACAGAUUCAGAUGUGUUCGGUUUAUACGUUAGCGCGUAUCUAUUUAUCAGUACUGAAAAUUUAAAAUUUGUGCGCGCCCCGUUUAGGGCUUACAACGCACUGCGAUACAGAAAUUAAUCGUAGUGCGUUCUAAGCCUAAUGCUUCGCAAUAAUCGAGUAAAGGGUUACUUUCAGUUUAUUAAAACUAUCAGCUUAUAAUUUAGUGCUUCCAUUUUUUGUGUCGAUUGUUACUUUGAUUUCCGUAUAGUUAUUUUAAAUUUGUUGACAGCGCCAUUGUGACUAUUUUCGGUGUUUAGUUUUUUAUUUAAUAAAAAAUAAAUUAUAACAUAUUUAUUCAAUAUCAUGAGUAUAUACAGUCAGUCUCAAAGAUAUUACGGCGUAGUUCAGGGAAAAAAACAUACCUACCUUAUGAAGUCAAUUUCGUAAUCGUAACCCUUCAACUUAAAAUUGAUUCUAGUAGCAAGGAAUUACGGUUCAAAAUAGUUUACAUUUUAUUAAGUUAGCCUUGGGCUUGCCUAACCCAUUGAAUUUUUAAAUUGUGAAAUUAGAACUCACUUUACCUUAUAGGCUGCAGCUCCAUCUGCGUUUACUUUGCUCAGUAACUUGAAUUUAAAGUUCUUAUUUUGAUCCACUAUGAAAUUUUAUUGAAAAUGUAGAUCCGGUCAGUCCUAGGUCAUUUGCAAUUUUACUUGUCUACUUUCACUCAAGUUGUACAUAGAAUAUAGUGUUGUUCCGUAUAAAAUAAAUAUUUUCAAAACGACACGUUUUGUAUAGGAGCAUCGUUUAUAACGACGUAAAUUCGUAUCACUCGUUAGGUUAAUACGGAACGACACACAGUAUCAAUGUCUGUCCUGUAAAUAUUUUUUAUAAUAAGAAUAAGAUAAAUGUGUUUUGUAUUCAUUCAGUUGUGUAGGGUUUCUUCAAUGUGGGGAUUUGUAUGUGAAUAAAUGAUGUGGCCCAUAA